AUGCCUGUUUACUUGAUGCUUAAUGAAGAUGCUAUGGGGCAAAGUGAAGUAGUUGGUGUUUGUUUUUUAGCCGAAGAAAAUGCAUCAAGUCUGACAUUCUUUUUUGAUUCUUUUAAAAAAAGAAAUCCUGAAUCAAGGAAUAUUCGUGUGAUAAUGGCUGACAAAGACAUCCAAGAAAGACAUGUUAUGAAAAAGUUGUUUAAUGGUGCUAAUAUUCUAAUAUGUCUAUUUCAUACCAUGAGAUGUUUUAAAAGAGAAGUAUCAUGCGAAAAGCUAGGAAUAACUGCAGGACAAAGAAAUUUUUGUCUUGAAUUGUUACAGAAAAUUGCAUACUCCAGAAAUGAAAAUGAAUAUGCAGCUCUCUAUGCUCAACUACAAUCUGAUGCUCCAUCCCCAGUAAUUGAAUAUUGCAAUUCUAACUGGCAUGAUAUACGAAAUAAAUGGGUAAUGGGGAUGAAGUUUAGUUCUGGAAAUUUUUUUAAUACCACGAACAACAGGUUAGAGAGUUUAAAUGCAAAGCUUAAAUCAGUUAUCACUAGAUAUAGUUCAUUAGAAGAAUUUUUAGAUAAAUUUUAUGUAAUACUUACUGCAAUUCGUACAGAAAAAGACCAUACAACUGCAAAUACUAUCCUAAAAAGAAGAGUAGCAGUAUUUCCACCUGGAUCUGUAGAGGUUCAAUACUGCUCUUUUUUAACAACAUAUGCUGCAGACUUUGUGUGUAAGCAGCUUGCUGCCAGCAAAGAACUUUUAUGUAAUGAAAAUGAGGAAUAUAAUUUUGCUGAUGGGAAAAUAGUAGUUUCAGUUAAUACUUGCAACUGUUUGUUUCAUUUAUCUAUGCGCUUACCUUGUAAACAUAUUUUUUAUCUCCGGAAAGUACUUGAACUACCUUUAUUUGAUGAGAAUCUAUGCGACGCUCGCUGGUCUGUUGAACAUUAUAAAAAAAGUAGUCGUAUUUUUAAAAAAACUAACAAAGAAUCCUGUGCUACAUUGACAACUACAAUAACAGAAUCUACAAAAAAUAAGAAAACAUGA